AUGCCCGGCCCUGAACACUGGAGGAACUCAGUGUGUGCUGACAAGCAUGGGGGAGGUCCUAACCCUGAGUGUUGUGGGGGUGAAGGGGACCAAAGAGCCACGAGCAGGAACAGCGGCAUCCACGCCACGUGGCCCGUGUGGGCCACCUGGUCAGCACUCACGGCCCUCAACCCAGCCGUGCUCGCCAUCACCAUGUUCGUCUCCACGAAGGUGGGAUCAACUGAGCAGACGGACAACACCAGCUCCUGGAGUCCUGGGCCAGGUCCUGAGGUCUCAGCCUGGUGCCUGGGAAGUGGGUUUGCCCCUGAGCAGCCUGCGCUGGCUGGAGGAUGCCCGGGGCCCCAGGUGAGCAAUGCCUGCGCCUUACCUGAGCCGCCCCACCCUGCUCAUAGACGUGGAGGUGGCACUCCUGCCCAAGGAGGAGCUGGGAGCCCCGGCGCCGGCAGUGACACAUCACUGAGACAGAAGGAGGGCAGGUCUUGGCAUUGAGUCUGGAGGCAUGUGGCCCUGCUCAGCGUGGCUAGGCUGAGCCCUAAGGCUACAGUCAACUCACAAAUGCCUGAGGCCAGCAAGGAAACAGCACCUUCAAGACACCUCAGUGCCACGUGCUGGAAAACCAUGCCAUUAAACACACAAGUCUAGAAUGGCUGUGCUGUGCUGGGAAUCGCUGGGCCAUGCCCAGCCUGCACACCCGCGCCCCGAAGCCCCUCCGCAAAGCAUCGCCUGCUGGAGAAGCUGCUGCAAUGCUGCUUCUUGGUGGACAAGCAGCCGAGGCACCUGCAGCCAUCAGACCCUGGCAGGAAACAGAUGGCACACACACACACUGGGAAACUGGCAGUGUUUAAUCAUGGGACAGUUUACAGAGGGGAGGCAGGAGCAGGGAAGCCCGGAGGACAGGCCUGAGGGGUGAGAGGAAGGUGUGGCUGCAGGAACCUGGAGCCAGGGCUAUGUGGAGAGGUCCCUGGUGCUGGCCCAAAGGCCCUGGGGACCCUCGGAAGAGGAGCCGGGGAGGAGCAGACCUGCAGCCCCCACUCUCCUCCUCCCCCAUCUCCUUCCAGGGCUCCCCGCCAGCCGAACCCAACAGAAAUGCAGGAAUGUGGUCCACGAGUGUCACAGCUCCCCCGCCCCCCAUGCGCUGAGGACCUGCUGGGCAGACAGAAAUCGCUCCGCGCUCACCAGACAUGAGGUUGGCCAUAGUGUUGGAGGGCACAAAGAGGGUGCGCUCCAGCCCUAGCAGCUCCGCAGCCAUUUCUUGCAGCUCUGCGGAGGGACAGGGAAGCCACUGUGCUCGCACACUUGGGUGUCAGAACCGUCCACACUGCUUUCCCUGUGUCACUUGGGCCAGAGCACGCUCUGAGCCCAGGUGAGGCCCCUAGCCCGAGGCUCCGGUGAGCGGCCGAGUGGGUUUGGAGCCCCGUCCACCAGCUGCACACUCUGUGGGCUCAGCAACCACACAUCCAGCUCCACGGGGCCCUCAGUCAACUCUGCACCUCACCUACCCUGGGCCAUGGCCUCUCCCCGCUCCCCCCAGUAACCUCUCUUGUGGUUUGAACCUGUCCCCGGCAGACCUCACACCUGUCUCACUUC